AAAAGCAACACUCAUACAGAUGCCAAGCAGGAAGAUACAGCAAGCAUAUAAUAAAGAACAAUUAAUUUGCUUCAGAAGGAAUGUCUGUGAAAUAAUAAAUUAUUUAAAAACAGGUUUCCUUCUGUUUAUCUUCUUUUAAUCUUAGUUAUUUUCUAACUAGGCAAUGAAGACUCUGGUUCCACUUAAUGUCUUGGUAACCUUGCAUUGAAAUGCUAGUAUUUUACAGCACUGAUACCUAAUUUUAGCAAUCAUUAUUAUGCAUAAGUGUCUUGAAAUUUGCUACUUUUUACACUUACAGGUUUUGCUGAGGGCGCGCAGACUUAAUUUAGUUCAUUACUAUAAGGCAAAAUGAGACACUUCAUGGAUUUUUCAUAAGGACACACAUUUUUGUUUACGGUUAGAUGAACACAAUAAGCUGUGUAACGCCUAUGUCUGAGUAGAUGUAGGUAUUUAUGCUGUGCACAGGUUAACUUUUUCUUUUCUCCAGAUAUGUAGGCAUAAAGCAUGGAUAAAAGUGCAGUGUUUAGUUCUUAGACAUUGCACAAUGUCCUUUGGUCAGCAGUUACUUUAUACAAACUUGAUUUCUGUAUUACUGUGUGGGAGGAUGGUAGCAUUCAUCAUAAAUCCCAAGGCUAGAAAUUAGAAGAUCUGAGCAGAUUAAGAAGAUCUUUUUAAAGGAAACUUGCAAGAAAAGUUCUUUCAUUUGAAAAGCUAUGGUUGACUUUCUCAAAUUAUGGUUGUUUGCUCAUCUGACCCAUUUGUCCAGUAAAAAUAAUGCUAAAUCCUGUGACAUCUUCAGUAGAGCUUUUUUUCAUCACGGGAAUACAGUAUUCAUUGCUUCAUGGCAUUUGCUUUUUAUAAACAAGAACUAUGAUUGAUAAUGUUCUUGUGAGUAUCCUAAACCAGCGUUUGGAACAUACAUAUUUCAGGUGUGAAUAUGCAGCCAGACCUUGAUACUAUAACCACUGUGUUCCAGUUAUAUAUUUGGUAAGUAUUUUCAUAUUUUUUUAAAAAAAAUGUAUGGAUUUUUUUUAACCAAUGGAUACUCCAUCACUAAAAAUCAGCAUUAUCUUGGAUCCUUUCUCAGUCUUCAGUCUUUUGCAAAUUGCAGUAGCAUACAUUCUGAAAAACAUGACUGCUGAUUUAGAACACCUUCAGUCACUGAUGCAAGCUUAAGAAGAAGCAUCAGCAGUGUAGGAUGGCUAUACUACAAUUUUCACUCCAUGGAAAGUCUGCUCAGUGUUUUGCAGUGCCAUGCAUUCUCUGUUACAUGGCAUACGCCUACACUGGCUCAACCAGCGGAAAAUCGACAAAAGCAUGCAGACGCUGACAGAGAUGCUUGAAGAAGUUGAAGAAGUAGAGGUCAUCUGGUGUGAAGCUUCUAGAUAACACCUGCUGGCUGCAGCGUGGGGGGAUUCAGCUUCCUUCUGGAGCCUGAGCAAAUCACUUGAGGAAGAUCUUGCUUUCUGCUGCAUCCUGAAGACAACAUGGAAGGGGAGAGCAUCUAUGAAGUUGAUUCUGGAGAUGGGCUUGGAGCUGAUAUUAUUUCUACAGUUGAAUUCAACCACACUGGAGAACUGCUGGCUACUGGUGACAAGGGGGGUCGGGUUGUUAUAUUCCAAAGGGAACCUGAGAGUAAAAAUGAGCCUUACAAUCAGGGGGAGUACAAUGUUUACAGCACUUUCCAGAGCCAUGAACCAGAAUUUGAUUAUUUGAAGAGCUUGGAGAUAGAAGAAAAAAUAAACAAGAUCAAGUGGUUACCACAGCAAAAUGCAGCUCAUUCACUUUUAUCAACAAAUGAUAAAACAAUCAAGUUAUGGAAAAUUACUGAAAGAGAUAAGAGACCAGAGGGGUACAACUUAAAGGAUGAAGAAGGAAAACUUAAAGAUCUUUCUACAGUAACAUCACUGCAGGUGCCUGUAUUGAAACCUAUGGAUUUGAUGGUAGAAGUCACUCCCCGGAGAAUCUUUGCUAAUGGUCACACCUAUCAUGUCAACUCAAUAUCUGUCAACAGUGACUGUGAGACAUACAUGUCAGCAGAUGAUCUCAGGAUUAACCUCUGGCAUUUAGCAAUCACAGAUAGGAGCUUCAAUAUUGUAGAUAUAAAGCCAGCCAAUAUGGAAGACCUGACGGAAGUGAUUACAGCCUCUGAGUUCCAUCCCCAUCACUGCAAUCUCUUUGUCUACAGCAGCAGCAAAGGAUCCCUGAGACUCUGUGACAUGAGGGCAUCAGCCCUCUGUGACAAACAUUCCAAGCUUUAUGAAGAACCAGAAGACCCCAGUAACAGAUCAUUUUUUUCAGAAAUUAUCUCUUCAGUGUCAGAUGUCAAAUUCAGUCACAGUGGUAGAUACAUGCUAACAAGAGAUUACCUCACUGUCAAGGUUUGGGAUCUGAACAUGGAAACAAAGCCUGUAGAAACAUACCAGGUCCAUGAUUACCUUAGGAGCAAGUUGUGUUCCCUUUAUGAGAAUGACUGCAUCUUUGAUAAGUUUGAAUGUGCAUGGAAUGGAUCAGACAGUGUGAUAAUGACAGGUGCAUAUAACAACUUUUUUCGAAUGUUUGACCGAAAUACCAAACGAGAUGUCACCUUGGAGGCAUCCCGAGAGAGCAGUAAACCACGAGCUAUUCUUAAGCCCCGGAGAGUCUGUGUCGGAGGCAAACGGAGGAAAGAUGACAUCAGUGUUGACAGCUUGGACUUUACUAAGAAGAUCUUGCAUACAGCAUGGCACCCAACCGAGAACAUCAUUGCUAUAGCAGCGACAAACAAUCUGUACAUAUUUCAGGAUAAAGUGAACUCAGAAAUGCACUAGAUUAUUCAAUAUCCCUCUCUAUUUACAAACCAGCCUCUUAAGAGUUGUAGAAGGAUGUGAUCUUCACAAAAAUUGUGGCUUCUUGUGGUGGGAUUUGUAGGUUGCAUCCUUUCAUCCCUCAGCCUGUAUCAUUACUGGUGGCAAGCCAACUACUUUCCAUCACUGCAACUGUAUGAGUAAAAGGCACGACUGCAAAUCCAGUACUGUGGUCUGUAUCGGUUCCUUUAAACAAACAGGGGUAUUUACUCACUUUGGGAGCGUUCCUGAGGAGGGCUGACGCCUCAACUCCCAUCAGUCCUUCCAAGGGUCUCUGGUUCGUAGGACCAUGCUGUUCUGUUGCCCUGCCUGCUUUUGCAGUCCACAGCAUUUACCACAUUGUUAGAGCUUUUUGCCACAAUCUUGUGAUCAUUUUUUUUUCCAGUAACGUUCUCCUGUCUUUCAACUAAGCCAAGCCUGUUUGAGUGAACAAAUAUCCCCAUCCCUUUAAAGCAUGUGGCAGAUUGGAGGGGCCUCAUGACAGUUAUAACUGGAAGGAGAAUCCCUGCUGGUGAAAAGCUGCCCCGUCUCACCUGUCCCAUUCCCUUCUUUACAACACCCUCUAAUUUAUUUAUUUAUUGACAUUACUUUAUGCUUCAACUUCCCGAGUAAGUGACAGACUGGUAUAGUUACUCAGCCAGCUUAUUCUAAGAAGUUUAUUCUCCAUAGAUCUCUUUGCUUUCUUUAAAACAGUAACUAGUGUCUUUAUCACGUGGAGGACUAUUUAAAAAAUUGGUAUUGCCACUCCAGUGGGACUGGCUGGUCAGACACAGCCUGACAAUUAACACACAAACCCGUCUUACCACUUGGGGGUUGGAGUCCUGGAAACUUUGGCUAGAAGUGCUGUCCUUGAAGGCAACUAUCAACUUCAGUGGGAACAAAGUUGCAUCACUGCUAGACACUUCAGAAAGUCCCUCGUUGGUUGAUUGCAGCGUGGUUAUUUUAAGCCCGGCCUUUUGGGGAAAACAGGCAAUGCCAUGGUAUCUGCGGCUGUAAAAAGAAUGGUACUGCGAGAUGCAGCACUGCUCAGUGAAUUUUAACGCUUUUAAAUGAGUCUGCUACUGGGAGACAAAAUUAUUCCUGGAGAAGUAGGAAAAAUCAAAACCUCCAAACUAAACAAAACCUUCUUCCACAUAAAUACUGUUAGAGCUAUCUCUGUUUUAAAAUAAAUAGUGAUGUAAAUGGAAAAGGAGAGUACACGUGAUCGGUGUAGCGCAUGCAGGAAUUAUAUGGGAAUGGUGCAGUAGGCAGGGAGUCCUCUUAAUCCAGGAAAAGAAAGUUCUGCUGCAUCCCUAAUAGCUCUGGCAGAAAAAUUAAUAUCCCAAAGGAUUUCUCCUCAAACCAUGAAUAAAAGAGCAGAACUCAGAUGACCUGUUAAUCUGCCCAUAUUAAAACUCCUCAGAAAAAAAAAAAAAAAAAAAAAAGAAAAGAAAAAGUCUUUAAGCCAUUAUGCACUGGUUUCUUGGUAAGUGGAGAAUGUACUGAUGGAGGAGUCUGCAUGCUUUUAUAUUUUGGUUUGGGGGAAAAGGUAGUGAAAAUCUGCUUACAAGAACUAAAAAAAAGUCUGCAGCUUUUAUAUCACUGACAUCUUAACACAACACAUGAAAUCUGUAUGUUUGAAGUUUUCUAGAUCAAUGCUGUAUAUUUUGUGUGUAGAAGCACAAAUGCAUGUGCAUCAGUUUCCAGCCACACUAAACACAUAUGGUAUGAAACGUGUAGGUUAAUUUUAAAGGGAAUGAGGAAUGUUUGUUUAUGAAAUACUGUAUGCUGUAGCAGGCAUGGACAGUAUAUGUACAUAUUGAUUCUAAUGAAAUUUAACAAAAUUGCCUUUUUUUUUUUCUUGUAAAAAGGUUUAAGAAUGUGGUAAAUUGUAUAGAAAUCUUGUUAAUGCCAAACUACUGCUUCAAGGUUGUCAUACAAUUUCUUUGACUUUUGGCCUCCUCCAUUAACCUUUGCAGCUAAAAAAAAAAACAAAAACAAACAAAAAAAGCUAUCAGCUUAUAUUGGCAUUUACAGCUAGAAGUACUGUAAAACAUAUAUUUAGCUUUUAACAUUCUCAAGUAAGAUUCUAUAGAUAACUUAUUAUAAAGCAGAUCUUAAUACAACAAUUUUUUGUUUUUAAUUUGAAGUACCUUACUCUGUUAACAGCUUUGGGUACCAAAAAGAAUAUGUUAAAGUUAAAUAAAGAAAUAUAUCUUUGGAGCUUUAUAAAACUAAUGAAAUGCCCAACCAAAAUACCAUGAAGUGACUAUAAAGGAAAUAAAUAGAAACCUUUCAAAGACCAGUAUUCCGUUCCUGUCUUUGGCAUCACUCGUACAGAUCGGUUUCCUGGUUUCUUGAAUGUAUGGAAAGUUAACAUCGUCAUUGUGAACGUUCCAACUUUCUUUCUCUUUUUAGUUUGAGCUUUCAGUGGUGUAGAGUAAGUGAUGGUAAAGUUGGUAAAUCUGAUUGUUUUGAAAGCUGUUGUUCAUGGCUGCAUUCUUUGUGUUGCACAAAUUAGCUAACUGUUGUUGAAUAAAAAUAUAAAUAUGUUAAUACCAGCUUUUUCAAUAAAACUACAACCAAAAGGCAUAAAUA